ACACCUGGUGUUUCGUUGUUUGUUUGUUGUUGGGUUGUUUUUUUUUGCUCGCACCAAAGAAAGAGAAGCCGGUGAGACAUUUCGACGUUAUCUGGAGACUUUCCGGUGGAGGAGGAGACAUUAUGGAGACUGUUGAGGACGAUGGAGAGGUGAUGGUGGUGUCGGUCAAUCGGUUCACUAACGAGGCGCCUCCCUCUGGGAUGUCCAAGAAUGGAUACUUCUUUCAAGAAAUGGAGCAGCGGGAGGUGGAGCAGGAGGAGGGCAGCGAGGGCCGAGAGGAGGGACAGGACUCGCCGAUUGCCUGCGGAGAUGACAUCCACCUCUAUGACAACCAGAUCAGCCCUGGGCCAGAUGCUGACGACUCUGGUUGUGUGUUACUUAACACAUCAAGAAGGUAUGUGAAGUUGAUGAACUUUGAGGAGGAAAUUCGGGCACACCGGGACCUGGAUGGCUUUCUGGCAAGGGCCAGUAUCCUGCUGGAUGAGACGGCUGCCUCCCUGGACGAUGUUCUGAAGAGAAUGUUGCACCAUGUGGGCCAGGACAGCCAUGUAUCUGAGCCCGGCUGCAACUUCGAGGAGGUGAUGAGCAUGCUUUUCACAGAUGCAGGAGCUCAAGAGGUCAACGUCCACCUGCUGUCAGAGACGAUCCAGGGGGUGACGGCCACCGCCACCGGGAUCCAGUACCAGCAGUCCUGGCUUUGCAUUCUCUGCAAUGUGAAGCAUCUCCAGAGGCGUCAUGUGUGCAUCUCCCGCCUGGAGAGGCCGCAAAACUGGGGGGAGAACUGCUGCGAGGUCCGCUAUGUCAUCCUGAUACUGGCCCCGCUAAAAAUGAAAAGCACCAAGACAGCGAUGGAGCUGGGCAGGACGUUCGCCACCCUCUUCUCUGACAUCUCCUUCAGGCAGAAGCUGCUGGAGACGAAGACGCAGGAGGAGUUUAAGGAGGCGCUGGUGUUCCAGAGGCACCAGCUGACAGCAACCAACCAGCAGCCCACCGCUCUGGGGAAGGAGGAGACCGACCCCCGCAGUCACAAACCCCUCAAGUGUAAAGAUUUCUUCAAAGCCGGCCGGGGGAUUUAUGAGGACUUCUGCCGCAGGCUGCCUUUCUACCCCUCUGACUUCACAGAUGGUAUAGUUGGCAGUAAUAAAACCCUGCUGAAGUACAUGACCACAGCCAUCUUCCUCUACAUCGCCAUCCUCCUACCCGCCAUCGCUUUCGGCUCCCUCAAUGACGAGAGCACACGUGGCGAGAUAGAUGUUCGGAAGACCAUCAUCGGCCAAAGCAUCGGUGGGGUCAUCUACUCGUUGUUCGCCGGCUCUCCUCUAGUCAUCCCUCUAACCACAGCUCCCCUCGCCAUCUUCAUCAGUGUGAUCCGAGGAAUCUGUGAUGACUACAACCUGGAUUUCCCAGCUUUCUACGCCUGCAUCGGAUUGUGGAACUGCCUCUUCCUCAUCCUGGGAGGGAUCUUCAAUGUGAGCCUGCUCAUGAAGCUCUUCAAAAGGUCAACAGAGGAGGUCAUUGCUCUGUUCAUUUCCAUUGCAUUUGUGGUAGACGCAGUGAAAGGCACAGUCAAAAUCUUUCACAGGUACUACCACGCCCCAACGCUAGCUAACAGUAGCAUAGAGGACUUCUCUCAGGGUAGAGACCUGCUUGGGGGAAACAGAAGCGAGGUGGCGGCUGGGUUGGCACUCAACGCCCUCCCUGAAUCCCUCAUCCAGUGCACUCGAGAGAGGCCCGUCCUCUGCCUCCUGCUGAUGCUUGGGACAUUAUGGAUGGGCUACACCCUCUACCAGUUCAAAAGGAGUCCGUUCCUACAUGCCAAAGUGAGGGAAGUGUUGUCGGACUGCGCCCUGCCGAUCUCGGUGCUCUUGUUCUCCUUCAUCGGCUCCUACAUUUUCAGCGACAUUGAGCUUCCAGUCUUCAAAGUUCACGACCGACCCGUCUUCAACGUGGCUCCGUUCGAGCGCCUGUCGGCUAUGAACGUUGUCAGCGCCAUGGGCCUCGGCUUCCUCCUGGCCCUCCUCAUCUUCAUCGACCAGAACAUUGUUGUCUCGCUGACCAAUGCACCAGAGAACAGGUUGCUGAAGGGCACGGCGUAUCACUGGGACCUGAUGCUCUCUGGGCUCAUUAACAUACUGAUGUCGGUGCUGGGGUUGCCCUGGAUGCACGCCGCCUUCCCCCACUCCACCCUCCAUGUGCGCCAGCUGGCUUUCGUGGAGCAGCGCGUGGAGGGGGGGCACCUCUACGAGACGUGAGUUACCCGCCCUCAAA